UGGAGGAGGAGGAGGAGGAGGGGGGAAGAGUCCCUUCCAGCUGUCGGGAGCAACACUGACGAGGCUGCUCGGUUAACAGUGAGCCCUCCCCUGCUAACGUUCGCCGCGCGUCCAUGUGGGUAUUGAUCGGCGUGACAGAUCACCGCCUCUAAACCAGCCCUCGGGUUCAGGGUUUGCCCCUCCUGCCCAGCACCAAUCUGAGAUGGGUAGAAAGAGGGGGCGGGAAGGUUAGUUUGAAGAGAGCUUUGCGAGAGGACGAAGAUUUCCCUAUUAUUUCACAGCUGAAGAACAAAAAAAAAAAAAAAAAAAAAGAAAGAAAGAAAGAAAGAAAGCAUAUAUCCAAACCCAGUGGACAAUAACAGCUGAGGGAAGACCAAAGACCAAACGUCAGAACCUCAUUAACUCCAAGGAAACCCACCCGGGAGAGAGAAGAUACAGCAGGAACCUCUGUAGCUGCUGGAGUCUGCGGUCUAAACUGAUAUGGCUGCUGCACUUCGGACGCCUAAAUCACUGGACUUGAGCUUGUGGAUCCUCCUCCUGCUCCUCAACCUCCUUCCUCAAGCCAGGGCAGUAGUUGGACACAGAGAACCCUUGCCUGAUGAUAGUAAAGACAAUAUCACCAUUUUCACCCGAAUCCUAGACAGGCUACUGGAUGGAUAUGACAACAGGCUUCGUCCUGGGCUCGGAGAGAGUGUGACAGAAGUGAGGACAAACAUCUACGUGACGAGUUUCGGGCCAGUGUCAGACACAGACAUGGAGUACACCAUCGACGUCUUCUUCCGUCAGAGUUGGAGGGACGAGCGGCUGAAGUUCGACGGGCCCAUGCAAGUUUUACCCCUCAACAACCUCCUGGCCAGCAAGAUCUGGACUCCCGAUACCUUCUUCCACAAUGGAAAGAAAUCGGUGGCCCACAACAUGACGACUCCCAACAAACUGCUACGGCUGGUUGACAAUGGCACGCUUCUCUACACGAUGAGGCUGACCAUCCACGCUGAGUGCCCCAUGCACCUGGAGGAUUUCCCGAUGGAUGCGCACGCCUGUCCUUUGAAGUUUGGAAGUUACGCUUACACCAACAACGAGGUGAUCUACCUGUGGACUCAGGGGGAUGAAAAGUCCGUCGCUGUGGCGGAGGACGGCUCCAGGCUGAACCAGUACGACUUACUGGGACACGUCAUUGGCAAAGAAACCAUCAGUUCCAGCACAGGAGAAUAUGUAGUGAUGACAACAUAUUUCCAUUUGAAACGGAAAAUUGGCUAUUUUGUGAUUCAAACCUACCUUCCCUGCAUCAUGACUGUCAUACUGUCUCAAGUCUCCUUCUGGCUAAACAGAGAAUCGGUUCCUGCGCGCACUGUAUUUGGGGUCACCACUGUCCUAACCAUGACCACCCUGAGCAUCAGUGCUAGAAACUCCCUUCCUAAGGUGGCGUAUGCCACUGCCAUGGACUGGUUCAUGGCCGUGUGCUAUGCCUUUGUCUUCUCUGCCUUGAUUGAGUUUGCCACAGUCAACUACUUCACCAAGCGCAGCUGGGCAUGGGAUGGGAAAAAAGAGGGCAUGGAGAUAAGGGAGCCGUUUCAGGCUAACAUGGCCAGGAUUAAAGAUAUGAGAAGAGAAUCUGCGACUUUGUCCAAAAAGGCAAACAACACCUUCAACAUUGUCGGAACCACCUAUGCCAUCAACGUAGCUAAAGACCAGGGUUUAACGACCAUUUCCAAGAGUGCCCCCGGAGCGGCAGCCAAACACCCCUACCUGCAUAAAAUGGACGACCCCUACACGGAGGCCAAGAAGUCCUACAACCGUGUCAGCAAAGUGGACAAGAUAUCACGCAUCAUCUUCCCAGUUCUGUUCUUCAUCUUCAACCUAGGCUACUGGGCCACGUAUGUCAACAGGAAGCCUGCCAUCAUGAAGGCAAACAACCAAAACUGAAUUUGACCAAAUGCUAGGCUUGAUCUAGUCUCGCUCCAGAGGCUAGACAGAUUUGCAGGAGGCCAAGUCCAUUACAUCUUAUCGUGAGUGUAUGUGCGUGCGCGCAUGUUUAGUGUGUCUGUUUUUUCUUAAACGUUUGAUAUUUUGCACGUCUGUAUAGAUGGAAGGCAAAUUUGAACAUCCAGUAGAUUUACAUGUAGUAGUGGACAUUGGAGGAAGCGCAUUCUCACGUCUGCGUCUGUGUUUGUUCAGCAUUACCUUUCUCCCCUCCACACUAACUCUGGCCCUGCCCCCCCAACCCGUUGUGAAUAUCCAAGUGCUCCUUCAGUGUAUCUCGAUCGCUUGGCGUUUCAUGGAGUAGUCAAAUUGUGUUUUCACCAUGUUUUGACAUGUUUGCGCUUUGCUUAUAAUAAGUUACAGCAAGCAUGCGUUUGAAGUUUCCAUUGUAGCUCAUUACCAGUGAUAAGGCUUUGACACAUCCAUCGAGAUGACAACAUGCAUGCACACAGACACACGGUGAUGCACAAGAAACCGGCGGCAGAGCCAUUCGCCGGUCGCUUCACCAUGCUCCGUUAGCCGGGGGCCGCUAUAGUUCCAUAGGAACAUCGUUAAUAAUUGUCAGUGUCUGGCCUUCAGCUCACGGUGAAUUUCAGCAGUCUCGAUGCAGUAUCAUCUGGAGUUGCGUUCUCAUGGGGCUGUCUGAGCAUUUUCUAGCUCAGUGGCUCUUAUUGUUUUAAGUGGCUGAGUGUGUUCGGUGACAGAGAAGCUAUGUGCCUUGGUAAAUACACACAUCAUUACGAAACAGGCUUUGAUAUGCUUACAUUUGCAUUCAUGACAUACAUACAUACACAGAGGUCUGUGUGUAUGUUACAUGAGAUCAUUUACUGGUGUCCACAGGCUCUGCAGUGUGUGGCUGAGCCCCGCCCACCACCAGCUUAUAGCCAGGAGUAUCAAAUACAGCGUGUUAAUACGGGAGGUGAACAGACCACUGCCUGUGAAAACAUGAGGCAGAGAGAAUAAGGCAUCCAACAUAGUCCUCAACAAUUAUCAUGUGCAUUUCUGGUUUUUGACUCGCGGUGCGGCGUCUCCGUGGGCAGAGCCGUCAUAACAAGCUACCACCAUUACCUCAGACUGAAGUCGAAUAUUGAAUCGCAGUUUAUUGUAUGUUUUCCACGGAAAUGCAAUCAACACUAGAGGUGUUACACAUUUAGUCAUACCAGACACUCUCCUCUUUCUUUCCGGGGGUUUGUGGGCUUCACACUCUGAAGCCUUUUACUUCACUGUUUCUUUUGCAUUUCUGCAUCGUCAUUAGCCAGGAGUCGAUUCAUGCUGUACUGUCUGCCCUUUUAUACUUUGUUGUGUAAAGUAUAUUGGUGAUAAUUGUCGAUUGUCUGCAUAUUCUCUAUUGCCGUUUUUGUAUUACACAACAGUAUGUCACUGUCAUACCCAGAGUUCCUAAGCAAAUUUUAGAGACACUAUCACUGUCCCUGGAGAUUAUAUGUUAAUGUUCGAUCAAAUCAACAAGAGAGUUGGAGAUCGCCUGACUUCUCCGACAAUAAAUUCAGAAACAUAACUGUUAAAAAGACAUCUGAAAUCUGCAGAUCAGAUUCGUCUCCAACAGCAGCAAGUGUCUCUAAAUUUUGCUUGUUCGAUGACGUUUGUAUUUUUGUGUGACAUUGUGUAUUUAUGUACGUGUUUAUACGGAUUCAAAAAUCUAGAGCGAUUCCUAUUGCUUUUUUUCCUCAGUGCAUUCUGUAUGUUUUUAUUUUCUUCCACGACCACUGCACAGAAAGACCCUGACAUGCAGUCCAUCCCUUCAGACUGUAUCUUCAGUGGUAAAAUACGAGAAGGGAACAAGUGGAACGGAUGUUAUGGCCUCUGCAAAGAUCGGUUAACAACACAAACCAUGUACAAUGUAUCAGUCGUAGGUUUAUGCAUGACAAUCUGUACAUGUUUAUGUCUGCAACUUCCAGUACUGAUGUUUGUUGCACUGAAAUAGGGCUUAGGAUCAAGUGUUUCUGUAGUUCACGCCAGUUACUCAUCAGUUUUCCACUUGUAACCUCAGCAGCAUCUGUAUAAACACACUUAAAGUCCAAUUAUUUGUGCACAUUGAUGUGAUGCUUGUACUUUACAGCUGGCAUGAAGUUCUGAAAGUGUUUUUUUACCUCAUUUGGCAGCACGCAGAUUUUAGAUUUCACUCAGUAUGCACACACACACUACACUGAUCUCAAUUCGCGUUUUCAUGUAUGUCGAAAGACGCAAGGCCACGUCAGCUAUAAUUUAUAAUUUAGUUCCCAUAUUGGAAAGUGCACUCUUUUCCAACUUAAGCUUGUUACAAAAAUGAAGGGUUGUCGUUCUGCUUUGCUGAUGAUUAUCCUUGAAAACCAGUCAAAACCUAAAAACCGAUGGAAUGGAUUUUCAUUUCUUCCUCAUUUCAUCGUGAUUAUAUGUAUGCCGUGAUUGGUAGGUAGGUGGAGUCACUACAUUUGGAAAGGACAGGGGCUUUUUACUAUUAUCCAAUCAAACACAUGUCAAGAGUCUUGGUCCCAUGUGAUGUGUGGACUUGGAGACACACACACGCUGCUUCCAUUUGCAACCCAAACGGAACAGCGGGAGCAUCUCCUGGUAAACCAUUUUACGUUACACACAUUAGAAACACAAACAAUGGCUUAAAUUCUGCUGAAAUCGUGACUCUAUCAACUCAAAAUUAAAUUACAAACCAAGGGAAGCGCUGUAUACUAUCAGCACAGCACAGGCGGACAUUAUGCCGCUAACACUGUCUCUUGUUCAGACUAACUGAUUCAUCAUACACAUCUGCCGAGGGUGUAUAAAGCCUGCUGGCUGCUGCUAAUUCAGGCUGUGGUGACACGCACCACUAAUGCUUAUGUAUGAUGUGUUUGAGUAACGCGAUAGCGGCAUUGUAGGUAAGUCGUUUUGAGCUGUAGCCGCUGAAUAUCUGAACCGCAUCAGUGGAGGAACAUGCCUCAGAGAUAGUCGUAUUCUCAAACAGCACAGCCAUCUUAGUAAUAAAUAUCGCCUACGAGCCUUAGUCAUGUCGGUUUCUGGUAUAGUGUCAUGUUGUGUGUCAGAAGUGUUCAGUGGUGGAAGCAAACAGUUUAAUCACACUAACAAUGCAAUAGAGUUUUGGGAGUAGCUCGCAGGAUAGCAUAUGUUUCACACACAAGUAUUUAUAUUCAUAUGUAUAUGUAUAUAAAUAUAUAUAAAAAGUUCAUUGUCAGUAUCUUACUAUUUGAAAUGGUUUACCAGGAGCUUCAUUCAGAUUUUUAUCCAUUCCCCAGCAUAGAAGAAGACACUGGCGACAAUAGUCUAGUAGAUGUUAAACAACGUUUUCCUCCUGAGGGAAUAGAGACGACUCUGACCUUUUUUGGAUACUGAGUUUAUGUUAGCUAACCAGUCCAAUUUGUGAUCCAGCUGUGGACCCUACAGGUCUGAACCACCUCUGCACACUCCCCGUUAAUGGUAACGGUGCAGGUGGGGCCUGGACCUCCGGAAAUAUGAGUUGCUACAUUUAUUCUGUAUGUUCACUGGGUAUCACUGGGUACUGGACUUUGAGUACGAUACACAGGGUUAGCCUUUUUUCUAUUCACACAUAAUGUCUGUGGAUAACUGCAAAAAGAAAACACUUCCAGAGCUGCAGCUGAGCUACAGUAGAAUUACACUCAUCCAAACUGCUCCGACUGAUAAUAACCCAAUGGCCAUUGGCAAUAAAACAAGUUUUGCAACUGUGCAAAAAAAAAAAAAGGAAAGAAAAAAAAAGAAGAGAAAAUUGAUGAAUCAAUUCAAAAAGAAGAAAUUAUAGUCAAGUAGUAUUUUGGAGGGUAUGCAUGUACAUCUAGCAUAUUAGGACAAACACUUGUGGUAAUUUUGUAUUUAUUCCUGAGUGGUUUUGAUAAGCAGGACUCUACUGUAAUGUUGCCAUUUAGGUUUGCUUAACAUUGUGUGUGGUAAAUUUUAUCCUCACAGGGCCAGAGUUCAGCAGAAACAUGUCAUCCUAUAAGAUACAGUAUAUUAAGAUUAUAGUACUAUAUGAAUAUAUUUAUGCUAUUCAGUAAAGCAUUAAAUAUUCUAUGUUUUAUACAACAUAAACAGCUCUACAGCAUUGAUGCAAACCUCCUGAUGCGUAGAAAGCCGUAGACUAAUAGACAAAUUAUUCAACUAAAUGGCAACAAUUCUAAUUGCUCAGAAUAGUGAUACUAAGUUGUGAAUUUGUAGAUAUUGUUAAAUGGAUUCCAAUAGUUUUCUGUGAAUAUUGAUAUGUCACGUCAUUUAUUUUUACAUCUGAUAAAUACUGCUGUCUUACAUUGAGCUCUGUAACACUACGUGUUAUGGUAUUAUAAAGAUGUACAGUAGAGAUAAUAUUCAUCGAGCUAUUUACGGGAUCAGUACCUUGUGUGCACUUUUCAAACUGUGAAUUAGCAGCUGUCUGCAAGUGGAGUUGUACACACUGUGUUCUCUCUCCAGCAAUUUCACUGCAUGUCCCUACGCAUCGAGAGAUCAAAGACUUCCUCCACAAAGGCAGCUCCAGGAACUUUGUGGACUUUUGUGUUUUUGUUGGGAAGUCGCUCUCUGUGUGCUCAGUGACUGGACUCUAUGUAUGUUGCCCUCUCUCGUUCAUGUGCUUACUGUAUGAGAUGUAGCAAAUGGAAAUGGGGAUUAAAAGGACGAUGUAUUUUG